AUGGCGCCAGAAAUCAUGAACCCACUAAAUCGUCUGCCGAACUCUCGCGCGAGAACCCCGCACUUCCGCUUAUCAGAUCCGAAAAACUUUCCCCGAUUUCCCCGAUAAACCCCGUCUGCAAUUUUUCCCUGGCUCGGAAAUUCGAAAGUCAGAUUUAACGCGACACUCGAAUCGCGUGUGGCUAAUUAAGUGCAUACCAAUCCGGCGCCAUCUUAAGUCAUCUUAAAUUGACCCACUCAGUUCACUUUGUUGUGGAAACAAAGUUGCGUUAAGUAAUGUAAUUGCUCGUUAAAAAAUCACUAGGUGGAUGUCCGAGCUGCGAAAGCGCUAAUUGUUCCAUGUUUUAUUAACCCCAAUUUCCGCCCCAAAUUAAACCGAUCAUUCAAAAUUAACGCGUUCUAAAAAAUGCUGUGAUUAUGACAUCUCGAAGUGAGUUAUUCGUGAGAACGAUUCUUUUAGUGGCGGUUGUUGCGAGUCAUGAGGAGCCCGUCGAAACGGAACGACCCGCAGAAGGGCUCUUACCGACGCAAGAUGGAUACUAUCUAGAUGGCCUUAAUGAAGCUUCUUUUGGAACUGGGGCCGAGCCCUUGGUGUGCCCUUCGAGCAACGUCAUUUCGACGAGGUACAGGUGCAACGCGAAUGGGCAGUGGGUGGACUGCACGAGGAAGCACUGCUGUAAGGACUACACCUUCAUUGCAGGAAGAUGCGUGCCGAAAACUGAAGACCCAUGUUCCAUGGGCCUGUGCGAGCAGCUUUGUACCGUAUAUUUACAGCGCGUCAUCUGCACGUGCUACUCCGGCUACAAGUUCAAUCCAGAAAAUCAAAGGAGAGGAAUAAAACCUGUUUGCAUUGACGUGAACGAGUGCCUGGAUCGCAACGGCGACUGCGAGCACGAGUGCGUCAACGAGUCCGGCGGCUACCGGUGCUCCUGCAGGCCCGGCUACGUCCUGCGGCCGGACAACAGGACGUGCGAGCCGGCGGACGCCGUCUCCGGGGCGGAGGCGGCGGGACACGCGAAUCGCUGCUACGCCAACUGCGACACGGUGGUGCGACUCCACGACAAGCUCAAAUCGCUGCAGGAGAAGGUUUCGAGUUUAAGCACGGCAAUUAGGAUGUCGAGCUUCGCCUCGGGGCCGCCGGGGCCGCCGGGGGCGCCGGGGCCGACCGGGCCGCAGGGGCCCAGGGGAUUUCCAGGUCCUGAGGGCGGCUCUGCCUCGCUGUCAACAAACAGCAAUCAACAGGAUUACACAUAUUCGAUGUUGGACGCUUUUGUGCCCCUGCCUGGGGACGAGAAUGCCCAAUGUCGUUGCAAACGUGGAGCUCAAGGCGAACCGGGUGCGAGAGGGCCGCAAGGACCCAAAGGUGAGCAGGGAGAAAGAGGCCUAAGAGGGCCAAAGGGCGAAAGGGGCUCAUUUGACUUCCUGUUCCUUCUACUUGCCGACGUUCGCCAUGAUAUCGUUCACUUGCAGAAUCGGGUUUAUAUUAAUGGAGAAACACCACCCAAAUUCGACAUCGACGCCGCCCUCCAGAACAAACGCAUCAAAGACAGACACAGCUUCCUCAAGCAAAAAAAACUGCUGGAGGCUUACAUGGCGCCUGCUACCACCACGCAAACCAUCAUUCAGCCCCAAACCACCACGAAGCAACUCCUCGUUGACGAUUUCCAAGCCGCCAAUUCGCCCAGCGUCCACGAAGACUACGACUACUACGGGUCCGGUGGAGACGAUUACUAAUAAUUUAUUAAACAAGCAGAUUGUAACAGUUUUAUUACAUUUUAAUGAUACAAUCAUAUACAUGUAUUUAGAUUCGAUUUGGAACUGUUUUAAAUGAAACCAGGGAAUAAAACGUAACUUCUAAA